AUGGGGGUUUUGUUAACUGUGUGGAAUUUGGAUUUUGUAGUACCUGGACCCUUGCCAAAUACUGGGGAGCCAAAUAGCUUCAUCCUUCUUGCCCUGUGUUGGUUCCUGAUUGCCUUUGCCCUCUACAUCUUGCGUCCCUCCAGUCUCCGUCGUCAGGAAGGCACCAAACCUGGAGAUCCUGGCCAGCUUAACACGUGUAAAACGAAAGAGAAGGAGGAAACUAGGAAGCGUACCUCUUUCGGGGAAGGAAAGCAUAGUGUUGGGUUCAUGAGGACACCGGCGGGGAUUGGAGAUGACCUACGCCGUGGGACUACUAGGAAGAAGAGUGGAAGCGGGAACUUUGUUCCAUGCGGCGCAGGCUCCAUGACCAAUCGAUUCAAAUAUAAGAUCUCUUCUCGAAUGCUUUGCUUCUUGUUAAUUAUGGCAGUUAAGAGGGAGGGGAGGGGGAAGGCGGGGCAGUAG